CGUGUACUGAAGUACAAUGAAGCUAACGUACAGCGUCAGAAAGAGGUAUACAAGCUGCAUUCUAAUUCUGCUGGGAAAAAUAAGAAAGGCACACCAAAGGGCAAAAAAGGUGAGGCCACCAUAGGAACCGCAUCAAAGGAUGGCACCGCUAGCGGUAGUAGUGAAUCACGCGCUUCCACACCAUCAAAAGAGUUGAACACUACACCAUUGGCAGCGCCUUCAACCACAGGUAGAGCUAAUCGGACAAAACCAGCUACUAGUACCCCAAUUGCCAAAGAUAGUGAUGCUGGAACCGUAACAAAAGAGGAAACAGGUGCUACAAUUGUCGCUAAUAAGGAUGACGCAGCCAAAGAUGAACCACCAAAAAAGAAACGUGGAGGGUCUACAUCAAAUGCUAGCGAUAAAUCCAAUUGUAGUGCAGCUGGCACAAGUACCAAUGUAACUAGCACACCUGCUACCACAGCAAGUACGAGUAUUACUCCUGCGGCAAGUCACACUCGUUUGGACACAUGCGUGGAAUCCGAAGAAACAUUCCUCUCUAAAGUGGAGGUGAAAAUAAAAAUACCAGAUGAACUAAAACAAUGCCUUGCUGAUGACUGGGAUGCUAUUACGCGGCAGCAUAAAUUACUUGACAUUCCAGCAAAAAUCACUGUACAGGAUAUUGUUGACCAAUACAUUGCCUUUAAGAAGACCUCCAAGUCGACAAAUGCUUCCAAGGAAGUAGCCAUUAACGAUGUACUAAAUGGAGUUGUCGAGUACUUCAAUGUCAUGCUUGGCUCACAAUUGCUCUAUAAAUUCGAAAGACCUCAAUAUGCGGAAAUAUUGCAACAACAUCCAGAAACAUCACUCUCUAAGCUCUAUGGCGGAUUUCAUUUGUUACGUCUAUUCGUUAAGCUGGGAUCAAUGUUAGGAUUCUCCGCGUUGGACGAAAAGUCGAUGCAGAUGUUACUGGUACACCUACAUGACUUUCUAAAAUUUCUUGUAAAGAAUAGUGCCACUUACUUCAGUAUGACAAACUUUGUCAAUGUUAGUCCGGAGUAUCAUCGCAACACUCAAUGAUUUUAAAUUUGUUGCGGAUGCUGAAGUUGUACGAACGGAGACGGUAAAAUUUUGACUAGUGGGAUUGGAAGAAAAAUAAAAGGAUUUUAUCAUUUAAUCUCAUUCGCAUAUUCAUAUAACUUCAUUUAACAUUUUAAUGUAUGCAAGUACGACUAGCGUACUAAUACAACUUUUGUAAAGGGAUUCUUUGUAGUGAAAUCACGCAUUUUUAUUUUAACGUGGUAUGUUUUCUUCAAUAUAUGUAUUGCCAAAUGUAGACAUCAUUCUGUAUUCUAUAAUAAAAUUACAUUGUAGUUUAUAUGUAUGUAUAUGAAAAUGUUCUGCUGAGUUUUUAAACUAGAAUAAAAAUCUAAUAAACUUUAA